AUGCCAGCCACGACCAUGGACACCUAUGGAUCAGCGGACGAGUCGAAUAUCGAUCCACCGCCGUCUUACCUCUAUGCUCUUGAGCAAGGACAGCGGGAUGGUGAGACCUCCACAGAUGGCAGGAUCAAUGUUGAUCCAAAUUCACGUCUGGUCAAAUCACUUUCGUUGUUUAUACCGGACUGGAAAUUGACCGACGUACCUGACUCAUCCCAGCCAACCGCUUCGGGUUUGGAAGCGCCACCAGCAUACAGUUCGCUGGCUCUCACACCAAAGACGGACAACGCAAAUGAAGGAUGGUCUCUGCCUUUGAACAUUGUGAUACAGGUUGUCGGUAGUCGUGGCGAUGUACAGCCUUUCAUUGCACUUGGCAACGAGCUACAAAGAUACGGUCACCGUGUUCGACUUGCGACACAUGAUGUCUUCGAAAGCUUUGUGACUAGCUCUAAUCUGGAGUUCUUUCCUAUUGGAGGCGAUCCGGCAGAAUUGAUGGCAUAUAUGGUCAAGAACCCAGGUCUUCUCCCAGGCAUGAGAACUCUGCUCUCCGGGGACAUUCAGACAAAGCGGGCAACCAUUGCCAAAAUUCUCGAAGGCUGCUGGAAAUCAUGUAUAGAACCUGACGGGAAAACUGGACGGCCUUUCGUUGCAGACGCGAUUAUUGCUAAUCCACCGAGCUUCGCUCAUGUCCACUGCGCCCAGGCGCUGGGUAUUCCUGUCCAUCUCAUGUUCACGAUGCCGUGGUCCAGUACGAGAUUCUUCCGUCAUCCUCUGGCCAACAUCAGAGAUUCACAACGGGUCAGUGAGGAUACGAGACGGACUCUGAACUGGGUGUCAUUUGCGUUUGUCGAGUGGAUGACCUGGCAAGGUAUCGGGGAUCUCGUUAAUGAUUGGCGACGCACCCUUGAUCUCGAACCAGUACCAUUCACCGAAGGCCCUUUACUUGCUGAGAAACUCCACAUUCCGACAACUUAUUGCUGGUCACCAGCUUUGAUACCAAAACCCGUCGACUGGCCAGACUUCAUAGAUGUCUGCGGGUUCUUUUUCCGAGAAGAACCACAAUACACCCCUCACCCUGAGCUGGCAAAAUUCCUCAGCGAGGGGCCGCCUCCCAUCUACGUCGGAUUUGGCAGCAUUGUCAUCGAUGAUCCGGAAAAGCUAACAGGAAUGAUUCUUGAGGCCGCGGAGACGAUUGGCGCACGACUAAUAGUCUCCCGGGGCUGGAGCAAACUCGGGGAUUCUCGAGACAGUAAUGACCGGGUGAUAUUCAUCGACGACUGCCCUCACGAAUGGCUUUUCAAACAAGUGGCUGCUGUGGUUCACCAUGGUGGUGCUGGCACAGCGGCAUGCGGCCUCCGCUUCGCCAAACCGACCUUCAUCGUGCCAUUCUUUGGGGACCAAUUCUUCUGGGGCGAAAUGGUCGCCCACGCCGGUGCCGGACCGAGCGCUAUCCCGCAUAAAGACCUGAACUUGAAGAAAUUGACCGAGGCUUUGAAAUUUUGCAUGUCUGCGGAGGCAUCGAAAGCAGCUCUCGCUAUAUCAGACAAGAUGAAAGGAGAUUCUGGCGUGAAGGCCGCUGCACGCAGCUUUCAUAAACACCUCCCAGCAGAGAGGAUGCGAUGCCAGCUUGCCGAAGAUAGGGUAGCCACAUGGGCAUACUCCAGGCACGGCAAGCGAAUCAUCUUGUCAAAUUUCGCUGUAGAGAUACUGGCACGUCGUUUGAAAAUCGACAAGGGGAAGCUGAAACAGCACAUGUCGAACACAAUUAUAAUCCAAAAUUCUCGCUGGGAUCCAAUCACCGGAACAGCUUCUGCCAUCGUUGGAGUCUAUACGGGCAUGGCAGGCGCGGCAGCAGGCAUCGUCACUAAGCCCGUAGCAGCAUUGAGAGCCCCGAAAUCGAAGAGCAUGGACUCAGAUGCUGAGGUCGCGGAAGCGGGCCACGGAAAUGGCCCAGGUCUAGCACUUCCGACAUCUCCCGCUCCGGCACGGGCUGCUCAGGUCGGGCUCCCUCGUCGCAAUGGUAACCGAACUUCCGGUCGCGAUUGCAUGUCUACCGGCGGUGCCAUGGCCAUUGGGGUAGCUUCGGGCGUAGGGUCUCUUCUCCAUAACUUCGCCAAGGGCUAUCUGAUUGACAUGCCCCUCGCUUUUACCGAAGGGAUGCGUAAUGCACCGCGUCUAUAUGGUGGAAAAGUGGCCAAUUACGGGCCCGUUACCGACUGGAAAUCCGGAAUCAUGGUCUCGGGCAAGAACCUGGAAAACGGCAUAGGACAGGGAGUUGCCGGUGUGGUACAGGAGCCAGUACGGGGUGCACAACAAGAUGGUGCGCUGGGCGCCAUCAAAGGGAUGGGGAGAGGGCUCCUUGGGUUGUGCACUGGUGUCUCCUCCGCAGCUAUGGGCGUCGUUGCGUAUCCCGGAUGGGGCAUUUAUCAGAGCAUAAACCGCUCUCUACAUACUAGGACGCGCGACCGGAUUGUGGCUGCCCGCCUGGUGGAGGCCAAGCAUGAAUUCGGCAGCACAAAGGACCCAGAUGUGGAACGACGUGUCUUGGAGCGCUUCAAUGCUUUUUAA